UAUGGGACCACUGCUCUGAUGGUGGCCUCCUACAGCGGACAUUAUGACUGUGUGAAGGAGCUGAUCAUGCAAGGAGCCGACAUCAACUAUCAGAGAGAGACAGGUUCGACGGCUCUGUUCUUCGCUGCGCAGCAGGGACACCAUGACGUGUGCAAGCUGCUCUUUGAGUUCGGAGCCUCCACUGACUGCCAGACAAAGGAUGGAGGCACUGCUCUCACUGUUGCCUGUCAGUACGGACACUCCAACGUUGUGGACGUCCUGCUUAAGAAUGGGGCCAGUGUUCAUGAUCAGCUGAGUGAUGGAGCCACUUCCUUGUUUCUGGCCGCUCAGGAAGGUCAUGUGACAGUCAUCCGUCAGCUGUUGUCAUCUGGUGCCAAGGUGAACCAGAGCCGAGAGGAUGGCACUGCCCCCUUGUGGAUGGCAGCUCAGAUGGGGCACAGUGAAGUGGUGAAAGUUCUACUUUUGAGAGGUGCAGAUCGGGAUGCUGACAGACAGGAUGGCACCACAGCAUUAUUCAAAGCCGCUUUAAAGGGACAUCAUAGUGUUGUAGAGGAACUUCUCAAGUUUUCUCCUUCCUUUGGUGUCCUCAAGAAUGGUUAUACAGUCCUCCAUGCCGCCGUAUUGGGAGGUGAUCUACGCACAGUUCAGUUGCUGCUUGGAGCCAGUGCUGACCCAGCAUUACCCAACAAGAAUAAUGAACUUCCAGCAGAUCUCACUAAAAACGAAAGAAUCCUUAGGCUCCUACAUCCGAGCAUCUGUAAUGGGCCCAGUUGAUGUUGGACUAAUGACCUCGCCGUGAUGUGCACUAGCCUAAACGAUAAUCAAUUAUUCAACAGUCAUGGAGCCUGCUACUGACCAUGGCCAAAGAUGUACUAGUAUACUGUAUCAUAUCAAAAUAGAGUAACCUAAAUGAAUGUCUGCCAAAUACAAGUGCAUCUAAAAAAUACAACUAUUGUGGGGGAAUGCAUAUGCUAUUUUUCAUUUAACUGAUAGAUUAAUGUAUGUAAUUAACCCUUUUUUUUUUAAACAAACUUAAGCUGUCAUUUAGUGUACUGUAUAUUUACUGUAUUUUUUAUUAGUUUUUCCACAAUAUGUCAUUUUUGAGAUGCACUGGUACAUCAUCUCCUUCAUGCUGUUGAUCUAAGUAUUUAUUUUGUUUACCACAAGUGUUGUAAUAAGUUGCAGACUUUUAUUUUGC